ACCAAAAUUUUACAUUCAAAACCUUCCCUCAUGGCUGUAGAUGUGUAUGCCACUUCUGAAGUCUCUUCAAGCCCCAGAAUCUCAUUCUCACAUGAUCUCAAAGACCCAGAUUCAAUCUAUUCAGACUCACUCGACCCGACCCGAUCCGACCAGCUCUUGUUAUCACCAACGUUUGAUUUUGACUUCCGGACCACCUCAAAUCUCACUCCAGCAGAUGAACUAUUCUCCAAUGGCAAACUCCUACCAACCCAGAUCAAAAAACCACAAUUUCUUCAAAUCCCAGAUACCAAAACAAGAUCAAACAACCCGAAUUCCGACACCCAGAAAAAACAACUCAAGGAGUUAAUCCAAGAUCAAGAUCAAGAUCAAGAUCAAGAACACGAGAAAUCGUUACUAAGAUCAUUCUGGCAAUUCCGGAGAAGCGCCAGUUAUAAUUGUGAUAAUGGGAAAGGUCCAAAAGGCUUACUUAGAUCGUUAUCUGUCAAAAGUCUAGCCCGAAGCCAUUCGACUGGGUCGGCUUUGAACCCAAAGCGAAACUCGGGUCAAAAGGUGGUGGGGAAGACAAAGGAUGAUCCGAGGUUGUUAAGAAGAUGUUCGAGUUUGAAUCAAGCUCCUCCUGCACCUGUGUAUUAUAGUUAUCAGAAUUCGAAUAAGAGUUGCAAAGGGGGGAUAAGGAUUAUUCCGGUUUUGAACAUUCCACCUGCUUAUAAUAUUUCAAAAGGGACUAUAAAUUUUUUUGGGUUUGGUUUUUUUUGUAAUGGGAAAGUUAAAAAGAAGACUAAAUCUUAAAGAGGGAUUUGUAUUUUAUUUUAUCUCUUGUUUGAUGUAAUUUUCUUGUUAUAGUUGUUGUACAUAUGUUUUAAUUAGUUAAAUAUAGUAGGUUAUAUUGAAAAUUUGAAAGAAUAAAAUAGAUUGGUUUUGAUUU